AUUUCAGCCCUUAGGCAGAAUGUUGUUUUCUGUCAAAUUGUUGAGUCAAGUUCAAAUUGAUUGUCAAAAUUUAAUAUCAGUCCUCUGAAAUGCUUCGAAGACGUACAGCAGAGGGUUCUAAUGAAAUCCUAGAUGAAAAAGGUCCUGUCAUGAAAACAACUAAGCCAUCAAAUUUUAGUAAAUUAUUUUUUAAGUUAUUGCUCAUAGUAUCAUUUAUUCUGUAUGUUGUUGUCCCAGUUGCUGUUUAUCUCAGCCCUGCUGUCAGACGUCAUGCUGUCUUCUUAAAUUAUGUCAGUCUUUCGAGGCAGAAAAAUUUAUCAUUGCCUACUGAAGUUGGAUUGGACUGCACACGCAACUUUUACAUUCCAUCAGGAGGGAACAUCAAAUUAGGUGUGUGGCAUGUUCCUCCUCACUCUAGAGUAUCCAAAUGCAAGAACAACCUAUUGCCACCUAUUGAAGAAUUUAAAGAUAACCGUCCCGUGUUUUUGUACUUACAUGGAAAUGCUGGAACUAGAGGAGGAGGCCACAGAGUUGAGUUGUAUAAAGUUUUAAGUGAAAAAUUGGAUUCUCAUGUAGUUGCAUUUGAUUACCGUGGUUAUGGCGAUUCAACUAAUGAAUCUCCCACUGAAGCUGGUCUUGUGGAAGAUACUGAGCAUGUGUAUAACUGGCUGCUCCAAAAAGUACCCGAAUCUCGAAUAUUCAUUUGGGGGCAUUCAUUAGGAACUGGUGUUGGUGUAGCAUUCCUUCAUAAGAUAUCAAAGGCUGCCCUUCAGCCAGCUGCUUUAAUUCUUGAAGCCCCUUUCACCAGAAUCAUAGAUGCUGCCAAACAUCAUCCUUUGUCUAUAUUCCAUCGGUACAUGCCAUUUUUUGAAUUCUUCAUCGCCGCUCCCAUUGGGGAUAAAGACACUGGUUUUGACAGUUUGAGCAGGGUGUCUAGUGUUAUGUGCCCUCUGUUAAUUAUCCAUGCAGAAGAUGAUGGAUUUGUGCCUUUCGAUCAUGGGCGGAAACUUUAUGAAACCGCAUUGGCUGCACGAAAGCACUUACCACCUUAUGCUACGCAGUUCAUAGCAUUUGAGGGUAAACUUGAUCUCGGUCAUAAAAAUAUCUGCAAAAGUCCAGAUUUGCCAAAGAUCAUCAGUCAGUUUAUGAAGCAAAUAAAGCAGUAAUUUAUUUCAUUUAUUUAUUUAAUAAUUUAUAAACUGUGUAUUAUUGCCUCAUUUAUAAUGCAUACAAUUUCUUAAA